GAUGGAUACAAGCAGAUGGGAGGUGUUUAUGUACGACCGUUAAGGCGGGUCUAUACCAAUAUCCGACAACCAUUUGUGAAUCUCUCACGGAGACUGAGGGAGACAGGCAGAGAAACAGAAGAAAAUGGCCGAUCAACUAACAGAGGAGCAAAUUGCUGAGUUCAAAGAGGCUUUCUCACUAUUUGACAAAGAUGGUGAUGGUACUAUCACAACCAAAGAGCUGGGGACAGUCAUGCGCUCCCUUGGCCAGAACCCUACAGAGGCGGAGCUGCAGGAUAUGAUCAAUGAGGUGGAUGCAGAUGGUAAUGGGACAAUAGACUUCCCUGAGUUUCUGACAAUGAUGGCAAGAAAGAUGAAGGACACUGACAGCGAGGAGGAGAUCAGAGAAGCUUUCCGGGUUUUUGAUAAGGAUGGAAACGGAUAUAUCAGUGCUGCCGAGCUGCGCCACGUGAUGACAAACUUGGGGGAGAAGCUAACAGACGAAGAGGUGGAUGAAAUGAUUAGAGAAGCAGACAUUGAUGGAGAUGGUCAGGUCAAUUAUGAAGAAUUUGUACAAAUGAUGACAGCGAAGUGAAGGCUUUGUACAGAAUUUCUUGUAUAAAUUUAUUUGCCUUUUCUCGUUUGUAAUUUCUGUAAAAUGUUUCAUUUUUAAUUUUCCCCAUCCUCUCCUGCUGUCCAAAGGAUCUGCAUGUAUACUAUAAGAUUUGAGUGCUCAUGCCUUCCCCAACUCCUAUUCAUUGUAAACAGUCUGUUGGAAGGAGCAGUUUUGGGACCAGGUGAUAGGGCACAGAUACUGGCUACUGUGCACAGACCGCUUUUCCCCUCUCUGUUGCUCUGUCUGCCCGCCUAUCUGACAUGCCAUGACAUCAAGGGUCCAGCUGACUGAGAAAGGCAUCAUUUUAACAAUUAUGGCAUGAUUUUUUUUCUCUCUUUGAUUUUGUGUGGAGGAGCAAAACUCUGCAUGGACAAUGGACUGAGUAUGAAUAGAAAUGGGAAAGUCUUCAGCAUUGCACUAUUGCAACGUCAUUGAAUUAAAUACUAACGGGUUUAUCGCCAGGUACUCAUACACUCUAAUCUUUUUGUAUUUGUUCUGUUCUUAUGCUUUUAAAUGAAUCACUCUUUCUUUUCUUUUUUAACUGCUUAUGGCACAGCCAUGCCUCAAUCCAUUCCAAGUUGUAUAUUUGUUUUCCAAUAAAAUUAACAAUUUACCCAAAA